AUGGCGAUGGAAAUAAUCAAAGUUGUGGAGGAGGCUCAUGAGUCUCCUGUUAGCAGCAUUGCAUACAACCGCGUCCUGAAGGAGCUCUAUAGUUCCGCGGAUGGCGACAAGGUCAUCCGGGUGUGGGACGCGAAGACCGGUGCGCUAAUACGCACCCAAGGUGGCCACAAAGGAGCUGUGACGUGCCUGGCGUACUCCAGCACCUGCAAACUGCUAUUUUCUUCUUCCAUAGACAACACAAUUGGGAUAUGGACAGAUAAAGGCGUGCUUUUGCAGGCAAGGGCUGGGGGGAUGUCGUCACAUAUGGCAUCGGCGGAUAUCGGACCGUUGUUUUCGUUAGCGUGGGACAGCAAGCGCCGAUACCUUGCGGUGGACCUGCUAGAAGCCCGCAAGACCACGCAGCAGCAGAGGUCCGUGGCUUCGGGGCUUAAGGACACGACGGUGGCGUUAGACCCUCCGCAAAUCCUGAAGCGGCUCUAUCCCCCCUUCCGUGGCCCGGAGUUCUGCCACACGGACGUCGUCUCCUGCAUGAUUAUCACAGAAACGGGAAAAAUUGUCACAGGAGGGUACGAUAAAUGUAUGUGCAUGUUUGAGUACGACAAAUUGGAUAAGCCAAAGGAGGCGUUCCAGCGCGUAAAAAAGUGCCACACUGCAGCCAUUGUGUCCAUGGCGUACGACACGUACACCAACUCAAUCCUCACUGGGUCCAUCGACGGCUCCAUGAAGGUCUGGAGCAUGGAGGGCAGGUUGUUAGACAAAUUCGAGUCCAUUAACGACCAGCCUGUAGCGGUGGCGUAUGUGCCGUCUACCAACAUGUACUGGGCUAGCGGCCGGUUCGGUCGCCUCGUGGCUUACGACCCGCGCGCUCCUGCUAACGUCACGCAGUACGUGCAGGAAAGCAGCGGCUUGGAUCGCUACAACGUGGAAUACAUGUACGCUCCCAUGGGCACCGAUAUGUUGCUGGGGGCGUCCAAGCAGCGACAGCUCAUCAUGUGGCAGUACAACCACAUGGGGGCGUACAGGACAUUUCGCAAGCACGAAGACUGGGUGGAGGGGGUCAUAGUGGUGACACCGGCCAAGGAGCGGCCUGAUGACGAGGACGAGGAGACGCCGCCGGACGAGAUCUUCUCAUGUGGUGCGGAUGGAAAGGUGCUCCGAUGGCAGCUGGAUGCGGAGCAGAACUGCGACGUAUAUGUGUGCAUGGAGGAGUGGCAGUUGCACAGCAAGAACAUCUACUGCAUGGUCUACUCGCCCUCGCUCAAUUGCCUCAUCACCGGCAGCGAGGACAAUACCAUCCACCUGCACUAUCUACACAGUGUGGUUCCCACUUACAACGAUGUACCGUUGCCCACGGACUUCACCGACCACGAGGGCCGCAUCUCGGGUCUAGCACUGCUGCGGAACAACUUGCUGGCGUCCGCGUCAUUCGACAAGACGCUGCGGAUCUGGGAUCUCACUACCAUGAAGCCGGUGGCGUGCGUCUUCAACGCGCACGACACUCCACUUCAGUGCCUUGAAUACUCGGAGGAGCGCGAUGAGUUGGCCACGUGCGGCAUGGGUAACAAGGUCAAGAUUUGGAGUGUCCGGAAGCCAGCGCAGGUAAAGCACGUGCUGAGCUUGGACCACGCGGACGGGCCGGACGCUAACGGAGAGGAGGACCCCGCUUCCUCAAACUGGGCCCCCAAGACGAACAUGAACUGGCUCACCAAAUCUGACCUGGCGCCCACUGCGACGGGAAUUGUGCUGGAGACCAUCCAGCAGGCCAACCGAGACGUGCCGGAAGUGACACAGGUUCGGUGGGUGCAGUUCCGGCAUUGCUGGGUGACGGCAGCUGACGAUGACACCAUCCGGCUGUGGAGCCCCGAGGGGCACAAGCUGCAGCAGUUUACCUACACGGGCGGCAGCGUACAGUGCAUUUACGUGGAUAACACAAAUAGGUUGCUUGUGGCGGCGAUGCUCAACCGCGCGGCCUUCGUGUACGACCUGGAUGACCCCAUGCCGCUGGCAAGAUAUGCAGGCCACACGGACGUCAUCCGGGGCAUCGGCUAUGUCAAGGACUGCGAUACCUACGUGACCGCCUCCUGGGACAAGUCCCUGCGCCUGUGGUUCCGGCCAAAGGACCGCAAGGCGGCCGGCGGCGCCGCGGGAGGGAACGGCGGCGAGGGUGGCGCCACGCCCAACAUGCUGCUGCUCGAGUACGAUGACGAUGAGGAGCACUUUGUGUCCGAGUACGAGAAGGCGCAUCCACUGGAGAUGCCCAAGGCCCUUACUGAUAUCAAUCCCAUGAAGCUCCUUCAAGGCAUGGGCGUUUACGAUGAUGACGACGACGCGCCCACAGGCGGGCGAAAGAAGGGCCGUCGCGGCCACAAGAUGGUCUCGGAGGCGGACAUUGGCCUAGAUCCAGCGGCACCUGAUCCGCCCGGUUCGCUAGGGGCCAAGCUAGACGAUCUGGGCCGAUCGCUGCUGAAUGAGAUUAACGUCAUCGCACACAAGACGGCGGCACGAUCGGCCGCGGGUGUGGGGCCCGGCGGCCCUGGGGACCUCGACGAGCGGGCCUCUACUCGCAGCAGCCAGAUGCCGGCGGGUUUACACAACCGAACGGGCGUGGCACGGACAGGUGGCGGCGCCACUACGGGCGGUGGGGCUGCGUCGACGCGGCUAGGGGCGGGGCCUGCGGGACGCGGCGUGUCUAAGUAA